AUGCAGGAGAUACGCUACCCUUGUGGCCAUUGCCCUUGCCGUCCUCAAUACACACCGGCUUAUGACUAUGGCGCCGCAACGCCCUCUUCAGCACCUGCCAAGUACGAUUUCUACUACGGUGUUAACGACCCACCGUCUGGCAACGAUUUCGGCCAUCAGGUAGCCCGAGAUGGCCCUAAUACUCAGGGUUCCUACUUUGUCCUCCUUCCCGACGGUCGGCUUCAGAGGGUCACCUACAAUGUGAACGGUGAUUCUGGCUACUUGGCCGAGGUCACCUACGAGGGAGAGGCCACACCACGCCCCUAUACACCCGCCCCUCAGUAUGCGUAG